UCCGAAGUAGCGCUCCAGCCUCGCUCCGCCCGCACAGCCCCAGCGCCCCCGAGCUUUAUCAGGCUCCCCACACACAUCGCUGGCUUCCUUUGGCACCGGGCGUUGGUGACCCGAGCCGAGCAGCCACCGCCUCCGAGCCCAGUCUCCCUCCUCCCGCCCGUGGGUCACCGCGCCUCCGGGCUUUGCUCCCCAAAGCGCCGCGGCUCCCACCGCCUUUCAGGUUCAUCCUGGGCUGGACCUGUUUUGCUCAUCCCUAAACCCGGAGAAGUGGAAUCUGCACACUGAAACUCUCGGUGGCUGGAGCGGCGGACUGGGCAUGCUCAGAAGCCAGGCUUGGCUUUGGUCUCAAGUCGAGGGAAGCUUUUGCACUCGCGAGGCAGCGGCGACUUUAGGGAAAGUUGAUCCGAGAGGGGAGGAAGCCCCAAGACGCGGAGCAGCGGCAGGCAGGAGCCCCCGGCAGCCCGGAGGAGCAUGGGCACCCUGCGGGAUUUACAGUAUGCGCUCCAGGAGAAGAUCGAGGAGCUGAGGCAGCGGGAUGCUCUCAUCGAUGAGCUGGAGCUGGAGUUGGAUCAGAAGGACGAACUGAUCCAGAAGCUGCAGAACGAACUGGACAAGUAUCGCUCGGUGAUCCGGCCGGCCACCCAGCAGGCGCAGAAGCAGAGCGCCAGCACCUUGCAGGGUGAACCGCGCACCAAGCGCCAGGCGAUCUCCGCGGAGCCCACCGCCUUCGACAUCCAGGAUCUCAGCCACGUGACCCUGCCCUUCUACCCCAAGAGCCCACAGUCGAAGGAUCUCAUAAAGGAGGCUAUCCUUGACAAUGACUUCAUGAAGAACUUGGAGCUGUCACAGAUCCAGGAGAUUGUGGAUUGUAUGUACCCCGUAGAAUACGGCAAGGACAGCUGCAUCAUCAAGGAAGGCGAUGUGGGGUCACUGGUGUACGUCAUGGAAGAUGGGAAGGUUGAAGUCACAAAAGAAGGUGUGAAGCUCUGCACCAUGGGUCCUGGUAAAGUCUUCGGGGAGCUGGCUAUACUUUACAACUGUACCCGAACAGCGACCGUCAAGACUCUUGUAAAUGUGAAACUCUGGGCCAUCGAUCGACAAUGUUUUCAAACAAUAAUGAUGAGGACAGGACUCAUCAAGCAUACCGAGUACAUGGAAUUUUUAAAAAGUGUUCCAACAUUCCAGAGCCUUCCUGAUGAAAUCCUCAGCAAGCUGGCUGAUGUCCUCGAAGAGACCCACUAUGAAAAUGGAGAAUAUAUCAUCAGGCAGGGUGCAAGAGGAGACACCUUCUUCAUCAUCAGCAAAGGGAAGGUGAAUGUUACUCGAGAAGACUCACCAAGUGAAGACCCAGUCUUUCUUAGAACUUUAGGGAAGGGAGAUUGGUUUGGAGAGAAAGCCUUGCAGGGGGAGGAUGUGAGAACAGCAAAUGUUAUUGCCGCAGAAGCUGUCACCUGCCUUGUGAUUGACAGAGACUCUUUCAAGCAUUUGAUUGGAGGACUGGACGAUGUUUCUAACAAAGCAUAUGAGGAUGCAGAAGCAAAAGCAAAAUAUGAAGCCGAAGCUGCCUUCUUCGCCAACCUGAAGCUGUCUGAUUUCAACAUCAUUGACACCCUUGGAGUUGGAGGUUUCGGACGAGUAGAGCUGGUCCAGUUGAAAAGUGAAGAAUCCAAAACAUUUGCAAUGAAGAUCCUCAAGAAACGCCACAUUGUGGACACCAGACAGCAGGAGCACAUCCGCUCAGAGAAGCAGAUCAUGCAGGGGGCUCAUUCUGACUUCAUUGUGAGGCUGUACAGGACAUUUAAAGACAGCAAGUACUUGUAUAUGUUGAUGGAAGCCUGCCUGGGUGGAGAACUCUGGACAAUUCUCAGGGAUAGGGGUUCGUUUGAAGACUCAACAACCAGGUUUUACACUGCAUGUGUGGUAGAAGCGUUCGCCUAUCUGCAUUCCAAAGGAAUCAUUUACAGGGACCUCAAGCCGGAGAAUCUCAUCCUAGAUCAUCGAGGCUAUGCCAAACUGGUUGACUUUGGCUUCGCAAAGAAAAUAGGAUUCGGAAAGAAAACAUGGACUUUUUGUGGGACUCCAGAAUACGUAGCCCCAGAGAUCAUCCUGAACAAAGGGCAUGACAUUUCAGCUGACUACUGGUCACUAGGAAUUUUGAUGUAUGAGCUUCUGACUGGCAGCCCACCUUUCUCAGGCCCAGAUCCAAUGAAAACCUACAAUAUCAUACUGCGGGGGAUUGACAUGAUAGAAUUUCCAAAGAAGAUUGCAAAAAAUGCUGCUAAUUUAAUUAAAAAACUAUGCAGGGACAACCCAUCAGAGAGGUUAGGAAAUUUGAAAAACGGAGUCAAAGACAUUCAGAAACACAAGUGGUUUGAGGGCUUUAAUUGGGAAGGCUUAAGAAAAGGCACCUUGACACCUCCCAUAAUUCCAAGUGUUGCAUCACCCACAGACACAAGCAAUUUUGACAGUUUCCCUGAGGACAGCGAUGAGCCACCACCUGAUGACAACUCAGGCUGGGACAUAGACUUCUAAUGUAUUUCUCUUACCUGCUUCUGCCUUGCUGAAGACAGCUUUUUUUCUGAGACACAGCUGCCAGCAAACCUGAGGGAAAGAGAGAAGAUUAGUGCUCGGGGUCACCAUGAUGCCUUUGAUCGAUGCUGCUCCAGUAACUACAGUGGCAUUAGGACUUAUCGCUUAGAUGACGAUAGUGCUCUUUACCUGUUUUAUGUUUGAACCUAAAAUAGCAGUUGACAUGGUGGUCCUGAAGCAAAGCCUUUCGCCAGUAAAAUGAUGGUUUCUAUUGUUGCGGUAGCCUUGCUUUGCUCUGAUUAUAUUUUGAAAGAGUGUAGGAAACACUUCAAGUAGAAGGGUCUGUAUCUUGCUAGAACUACCAAGGAGGAUAGAGAAUAAUAUAUUUGGUACGACAGAUGACUGUGGUACGGAACCUGGGCUACAUCCCCUUUCAUCAAGAGAGGGGUAUCGAGCCUGUGACUGCAAGCUGGGAUAUAUAUCGUACAACGAGGACCACAUAUCUGUGGGGCGCAGAGUUCAUGUCAAACCAGUGCUACGUGUUUCUGAGUUUCUUUCCGAGCUGAUGACAAGACUGAAUGUUAUCUUUUCUUUCUGAUCGGUUCUAAACAUUGGCCCUGAUUUAAAAAGCACAACUGUAUGGUUCUUGUACGAGCCUCCCAUGAUGGGUUCAUAGUGUGUUUUUGGAGAUGGAAAAAAGUGCAAGAAAACUGAGAAAGUGACAUGACAAUAUGGAAGUGGGGAAAGGAAUUCACAACACCAUUUCAUAUCUUUUUAAAAAAAAAAAACAUAUUGUGCUUAUAGAUGGUCCUGGAAAUGAUUAACAGCCAAUUGGUUUUAUUUAUUACCUAACAUCCUCAAAGUGAGGCUUAAACUAUUCCCUUUUAUAAGAAUAAACCCCUGGGGGGGAGAGGGGGAGGAGGGUGGGGAGGAAUUAAGACCCAUCCAAAAAAUAAAAAUGAAAAGGUGCUAUGACUUUCUUUCUUCUGUGACAUCAGUGUCUGAAUGGACGACACAGAUUCUACUCAUCAUGUCUAGCCAGAGACUCAAGCAUUUUCACCAACUUUAUUAAAAAUAAACUCCUGUCACACAUCGCAACACAGUCCAGGUCUCAGAGAGGAAGGAUAUUAAAAAUGUAUUUAAACUAGUCUCUUGUCUUAGGCCUGAACCAAAACAAAAUACAUAUGUCCAGUCUGAAAGCACAAAGACAGAGGCGUUCAGACUUACUGUACUAAGGAGCUUUGUUGACUUGAGGCCAGGGAGGAAGGCAAAACCAGGAGUAGAGGACUGUUCCCUAGGGAAGUUUAUCAGUGUAAGAAGGGGUAAGAAAGGAAAAGCAGGAAACUGGUUUCUCAAAACGGCAUUUUAGCUGAAUCAAGCAGAGGUAUUGCAAUCUUGAAAUUUCACGUGAGCUAGAGAAGAUAAGAUUUGAAGAUAUCAGAUGGACUGUCCUUUUCACGUGAGGAAAAGAAUCAUCAAAUUAAACCAAGAAUGUGUUGUUGGCAGGCCAGUUGGCCGCUAUUAUUAAGUGGCACAACUUUCCAGAGUUUUCCCUUGGCAGGUGACAUUUUAUUUGUACAGACAAAUGAACAACUGUCCAAGAUAACAUCCUGAUUUGGAUAUAUGUGUGUUAAUAGAGGUUUGCUAUUUUUCCAGUAGGGUUUUUUUUCCUAUAUAUAUGAAUUCCUACAAAAAAAAAUGUUUCCAUUAGAUUAUCAUAGCCUACCCAAUAAAUCACAUGAUAUUUGUUUCAAAUUUCAUCCUUAAAACUUUCAAUUGUGCUUAUCCUAUCAAAAUACAAUACUCUAAAAUUUACAUUUGAAGCCUAAAACUGCUGAGUGUAUAUUUAAGCAGGAAAAAGUUCAAUUAAAACUUUGAUCUCAUGAUGAUGAUUGGAAUCCUCUCUUUCAUAAGCAAUUCUCAAGAUUACUAGAUUUCCCAAGAGAUCUAUAGAUUUCAACAGACUAUAUAAAAUAAAAUUAAACACAUCAAGCUAAAGUUCAGGGAUUUCUGGAGGUUUAUUUAUCUUUAAACUGGCUUUAAAAACAUAAUUCCAUCAUUAUCAUCAGUGUUCAAUAAUUUUUGUUGCAAGAUAGUGUGGUUUAGGAAUGCUAAAGGCUUGCGACGGUGUUUUAUUAGCCUUGUUGUUAGCAGAGGGGAUCUGUCUCUCUUAAUUUUUCAAAUAGUCACAGAUACCCAGGAAUUAGCACAGACCAAGUAUUUAAGAACUGGGGUUCGAGGCUUAGGCAACAUGUGUGUGUCAUGUGCAUGUGCAUUCGUGUGUGCGUGUGUGCAUGUGAGUGUGUGUGUGCAUGUGUGUGUAUGUGUGUGUGUGCGUGUGUGUGUGUGUUCUGUGAAGAAGAAAGUUGUUGCUUUCAGCUCAUGAUUUUCCACUUGUUUUCUUUGUUCAUUUCAUCCACAGUAUUAGUUAGAAUGCCUAACACAACCACAAGAUAAAGGUGAACUUUAUCUUCCAUGAACUGCUAACAGAAAACAUUCAUCAAAUUUUCAACACUGAAUUUUAAGGAUUUAAAUCUUGUCUUAAUGAAGACACUAGGGCUAUAAUUCAUGGUCAGCUUCCUAAACCAUAUCUUAACUUUCUGGACUUUUCCAUGCCCCCUUGGGUUUUGGACCAUUUUGGUUUGUUGUACUAAAGACCAUCUGGAUAAAAUAGAAAAGUGCCAACCUGUUUGAUUUGCUAACUGACUUUCCUGUUGAUAGUUUUGUGUGUGGGAAAUAGGGCUUCCUGUGUGUCCGAAAUCGCAGCAAAACAGCAAACCGCCGAGAAAGGACAUCACAAUGUUUAAGAAGAUCGAACACAUUAGAGAAAAUGAGUUUUGGAAAAUUGUUAAGGUUGAUUUUUAUACUUGUGAUCUUCUUUGUUUUUUGGAUGUAAACGAGAUCCAUGUAGCAUUUAAAACAAAUUUAUUUUUAUUAUGAUCCUCAUUAGUCAUAGGGUUUUUUCCCUAAAAUUAGGGAAGAUACAUGUGAAUUACACAUGUAGAAUAAUUUCUAAACUGUGGAAUCGUCCUCACUUUAUUUCCAAAUGACAGGCUUGAUGGCAAACCUAAAGAAGUCAGCUACCAUAUUGAACACAAGUGUAUUAAAACUGACUUUAUACAACAGAGGCGAUUUGUGCAUUAUCCACCACAUUUUCUUUCAGGAUAGGACCACAACAAAUAUUUAUGUAAAUAGAUAUUUUUGUGUGAUAUUUUGUGGUACAUAUAACUUUUUUUAGUGUUUCACAGCAUUAUUUUAUUUUAUUUGUAUUAAAUAAUGUUUUAGGUCCAAGUAGACUUGAAUGGACGUUACAAUUGUUAGUAUUAUUGAAACUUAAGUCAACAGUACUGUCACCCAUCUGUCCCAUAGUUUAGAACAUGACCUGGCUAUCUGGCGUUGUUGCAAGUGCCUUAAACUCAUGGCAUCUUAUUAAGAAAACAAAUUUGGUGUUAUGCUGCAUGACAAAGACAAACACACCUCAAAAUGUUGUCCUUUCUUAGCUUGCUGCGUUUUACAGUUCUUUCUGCUAACAAUUUAUAAGCCUUUAUUAUAUAAUAUUGAUGAAUUACAGAAAUGAUGAAGUUGUUAUCUUAUUUCUGUUCAAUGUACCAGAGCUGUGUGUCUGUUCAUGAGAUACAGCGUCAUUUCUGUGAAAUGUAUAAAUGUAUGUGCAGGUCAAAUUACUAUAUGACAUACUAUCAGUCUGUAUACAGAUAUUCCUGUUUUGCUAAAGCUGUGCAGACUCAACAAAUUUAAAAAAAAAAAAAAGUAGCGCAGUCAAAUCCUAACAUAUCUCAUUCUAAGAUUCCAUUAACAAUGGUCAAACCCAAAGGAAAAAUUGGAAAUGACUGCUCUCCAAACCUCGUUAGGAAACCAAUGAAAAUGUACCUUGGUGCACCCCUCAACAAAACAGGAUGCUCUCUGAGUUCUCGUAUAUGUAAAUCAUGUAUGAGGCGAGUUUUCAGGAGACUUUGAAAGCAAACCGUUGGAAGUAUGUUGUUAGCCCUCCUCCUUCUCUAGCCCUGCAACAACAGACAGAGCUCUGGGACCUUGGCUAUGAUGCAGAGGUUUGGGCUUUCUACGUAAAGGGAUAUUUCUUUAAGCAUCAUUUAUCAAGUUUAUUUCAACGUAUGAUGUUUUUACAACUGGUCAGUUCUUUUGUAUUCUUACAGCUAUGGUUAUUUGACUGUCCUCUUACAAUUUGUUCUACAUGAACGAGUCUUUUGUUAGAAUGCAACAAACUGUCAUCUAAUGGUCAUUGGCCACUUGCACUCUUUUGAUGUAGAUUAAAAACUUUUUCAUAACUUAACCUGCUUUGAUUUGCUUUGUAUUUUCCCUGCAGCUGUAAUUGCAGAGUGCCUGUUGGAUACUUUAUAGAGUUGAAAUAAAAAAAAUAAUUA